AUGAAGUUAAAAUCGUUGAAAAUCAAAGAAAUUAUUAAGUUUGAUAAAUUUAUCAAAGUCAGCAACUUAGAAAAUUCAAGUAAUCAAAUGGGAUUUAAUGUCGGUUUGGAACCAAAAAAUAUGAGUGCAAAGGAAUUGGCAAUUAUACAGACGAGAAAAGCUUUAUAGAAUAUAAUCUCAUGGUCAUUAAUGAUUUAUCAAAAUGUAAAUCUAUAUUGCCAAUAUUAUUUAUAUCAAAUAAUUUCAGAAUGAUCAGCUUCCGGUUGACAAUUUUGAUAUAUCUAGUAAACUAAUAAAGAAGAUAUUUUGAAGAUAGUCAAGGAUCACCUAAGAAUUGAGGAAAAAUAGCUAUAUUUUAAUAAAAUUGUUACUUUGAUGCUGAGUUAAUAAUUUUUAAAUAGAAGCAACGAAAGUGAUGCAUUUAUUACCUUAGUUUUCACUAAUAUUAUAUUAGAUUUGGGAACUAACUUAAUUUUUAAAAAUUAAAUGAUGCCUACAUCAUACAAUUAAUAUAUUGUCAUGUUACUAUCGAAUUUUUAGUACCAUUUCUUCAAUAAUAAAGUUGAAUAGGUAAAGCAAGAAGAAGGAGAGUAAUCAUAAGGAAAAAUAGAAGAUGAAUGUGAUAAUUAAUCAAAAUUAGAGAAAAAGGAACAGAAAAAUAAGGAGAAUGAUAAUGAUUAUAACAAAAAAAUUCAUAUUUUUCCAGGUUAAACCAAGAAUUACUACAAAAAUAUGGGUUAAAAGAUCGUAAACUUUAUGGUUGAAGAAUUUUAAGAUGAUGUGAAAGUAAUGAGUGACAAUUAUAUAAAAUAAUUUAUGAAGAUUUCAAGUCAAGGUUUUAAUAGGAAUGCCAUUUUGAAGCUCAAAAAAUCCAAAAUAGCUCGAAAAAUACUAAAAUUAUUCUUUGCUAAUUAUAAAUGGGUAAAACCCUUUAUAUCCUAGCAUAAGGCAGAGCUCGAUUUGUAUUUCAGAUACAAUACUUAAGUCUAUUGUCCUCAAAAGAAAUAAAAAAAUUUAGAAAAAUCAAUAAAUAACUAAAUCAAACAAGAAGAAUGA